AUGGAAAUAUUCAGCCAGAAAGAUUACUACCCGACCCCAUCGUCCAAUGUUAUUAGUUAUGAGUGUGGUACCGUGCCAAGAUCUGCAAACGAGCCAGUGAAUAGUGCGGAUUUGCCCGCUCUAAUUGUACAUCUUUCUUCUCCUUUGGAAGGGGUAGAUUACAGCGCAUUUGCAGAUUUCUUCCUCAUUUAUAGAAAUUUCAUAACACCUCAAGACUUACACGAUUUGCUCAUCUACAGGUUUCGAUGGUGCAUUCGGGAGAUCACUACAAAUGAGGCAAAGGCCAAGAGAAGGCAGGUUGGUGAGGUGGCUUUAGUGAGAACGUUUGUGUUAUUGAGGCAUUCCAUACUGAAUUAUUUUGUUCAAGAUUUUUUACCAAACAUCACAUUGAGGCUCCGGUUGAUCGAAUUUUUGAACGAUAGACAUAUUUCGCAUUAUCCCAAAAUAAUCUCCAGUUGUUUGAUCAACCUGAAAAAAAACUGGGUACACUGUUCCAAGUUGGUUUGGGAGAACAUAAAAUUAAACGAACCUGAUAAAAAAGAUUUUGAAGCGUGGUUACACUACUCUUUGAGGGAUUUUACGCAACUGGAAAGUUUGCACAGAAGAGUAAGCCGACUGAGUAUUUACGCAAGACAAAGUGCUGCUAGCCCUGAUUUCCGUAAUCAAAGCGUUUUAUCACUAUAUAAAACUUCAGAUAUUUUCAAACUACCCGAUAACCAGCAGUCCUUGAAAUCUUCCAAAAGCCAACGGACCCCCUCAAUGCUCUUAUUCCCUGAUAAUACAUCAAACGUUUAUUCUAGGCACCGAACAGUGAAAGAACCGUCCAUUGAUAUGGAAAGUGACAAAAUACCAGAGAACAACCGAAAGAUAAGUCGUUUAUCCAAGGUGACUCUUGUUUCCACACUUAUGAAAGGUGUAGACUAUCCAUCAUCAUAUGCAGUGAAUAAGAUAAUGCCUCCCACACCGGCCAAAAACGUUGAGUUCAUCAUAAAUUCUCUAUAUCUUCCCGAAGAACUAAAUGAACAAAAUGGAACACUACAAGGGGUGUCAACGGUGUCAUCUAUAGAUAACAAUAGCAACAGCAACAGCAGGUCUAAUACAUCUUCAAUGUCAUUGCUACACCGCAGUGCCCUCGGGCUUUUAGCCAAGUGGAUGAAAAACCAUAACCGCAAUGAUAGCAGCAAUGAUAAAAAAUUUAUGAACACUAUUAACCAAACUAAUCAAAAACCAGAAAUGGAUGCAUUUGUCAAAUACGUUGUGUCAAUAUCGUCUCUUAAUAGGAAAUUUUCCAAAGAAGAAGAAGAAGAAGAACUUUCCAAUUCUGACUCUUCCAGAUUUGAUAUCUUGAGCGCGAGAACUAUAGACGAAGUGGAAUCCUUGCUAACUUUACAGAAUCAACUAAUAGAAAAAAUCCAAACACACACAGAUGGGAACGAAUAUCUUACAGAGGAGAUGGAUGGCACACACCAAGAACGUAUAAAUGAUAUUAAGCUUCUAAAACGAAAUAGCUUUAAACCAAGCAACGAUAAUUUUAGCGCCAUGGACAAUUUGGAUUUAUACCAAACUGUGAGCUCGAUUGCUCAAUCCGUCAUUUCUCUAACCAACACCUUAAACAAGAAACUACAGAACAAUGAUUCUAACACACUACCGUCCCCUUCGUAUGAUGCGCUGCAACGAAGAAAAGUUAAAAGUGUCACCGCAGCUUAUUUCAAUAAAGCAAAUGGCAAUUACUCAACAGAAAGUAUGAGACUUUUUGAUAAAGAUACAGGUACUUCACACGUGGACGAGAAUGGACCUCAAAGGUUACUCUUCCAUGAAACUAAAAAGAAUAACUCAGAAACGACUUCAAGUAUGACGCCAAGAAGGAAAAACAAUUCACAAUCUCAAAAAAGCAUUCCAUCUUCACCUUUGAAAAAUGUUCUACCUGAUCUUAAAGAAUCGUCACCCCUAAAUGACAGCAGGGAUGAUAACGAAUCAGCCACAUAUUCGUACGAUUCUGAGCUGUCAUCCAGUUCUCCUCCCAGAGAUAUUGUAGUAAAAAAAUUAAGAAAUGUCAACCAUACCAUGGAUACUCCGUCAUUGAAGACCAAAACCGGGUUUCUAAAUUUAAGAGAGUUUACAUUUGAAGAUACCAAGUCCUUAGGCAACAAGAAAAUUUGUGACGAAAAAGAAAGCAAUACAAGCGAGGAAGCUGAAAAUUGUAAUAACGAACGUAAUGAAACAUCACGCAAAAAAGAAAAAGAAAUCGAAGAUUUCGUCAAUGCGUCAUUAAACUCAGAUAAUUGUGAUUCAACCAAAAUCAACAAACGAUCCCCAUCCAUCCGUGGGAUCAAACAAGCAGCCGUUAGACCCGCUAGUGGAAGAAUUAGUAUUGCUAGAGUCCAAAGUAUAGCCAUAACUCCAACAAAACAGUUAACCAUUGUAGAUCCUGUACGAAGCAGUUCGAAGUCCAUUAUAGAGGAAAUAAGUGAGGUCGAACCUCUCAAUUUAGAACAUAAUAAGGAUGUCACCAUAUAUUCUGAUACAUCAUCCACCGUUAUCAGUGUGUCUACGAGUAAGCUUUUUGAAUCUUCGAACAAUAGCCCAAUAAAACAAACUAGAAGCCCGCAGAGAGAAUUGGCAAACGGUACCGUGAUGAGUGAAUCCAAUAGAAUCAGAUUGUCCAUGGCACCUACAAUACAAUCUGUUGUAAGUGAUUUAGACUYGAUUACCACUGGCAGUACAAUGGAAACAUUUGAAACAUCUAGAGAUACACCAAUGCAAUAUGAAAGGAUAGAUUUGAGAGAAGAAUAUCAAAGAGGGAAUCAGGACCUGAUUUCAAAUAUAUCAUCUUUGCAUGAAAUGAAAACAAUUGACCUCAGUGAUUCUAAUAAUGAUCUUGAUAGCCCAAGUCACCAUGCUAAAAACAACAAGUACUUCUUCUCACCAGAUGAUGGUAGCAUUGAUGUUGCUUCGCCAGCGAAAAAUGUUGAAGAAUUAAAAAGUAAAUUUUUGAAGAAUGAAAAUGAUACCAAUAGUCACGUGGCAGAAAGCAUAUUAACAAUGGAUGAUCUUGGGAUCAAUGACACAUCAAGCGGUCGGAACACACAAACGGCCGAUCCUGAACCAGCCUUGGCGGGUACACUAGAUAAGAAAGAUUUGAACGACAUUGCCAAUAUGCCCGAUGAUUCAAUUAAUGAUGACCCCAUCACAGUGGCCUUGAUGAAAUUGGAAGGAACAUAUGCGAAAACAUCUGGAAAGCCAGAAAAGAGUAAGAGUAGUGAUGCUCUUCGAUUAAAAACAAACAGAUUGGCGGAUGAAGUGGACAUGCUAGACAUUAAAUUGCCGUCAUUCCCAAAUAGUCCCGCAGAAAAACGGAAAUCGUUAUUAAUCGAGAGAAGGAGACAAACGAUAAUGAACAUUCCAUUUACUCCCAACCAACCAGAGAAGGACGAUUUUGCUUCCUCUUCACCCGAAAAGAACAGCACUCCCAAUGCUGAUGAUAUCGCUGUCCAAGCAGCGCAAAUCCAAGAACUGAUCGGCCAGUAUAAGAUCCAAGAUCCGAGGCUGAUGGUGUCUAACAAUGAAAAUCAUAUCCCCUUCAUAUUAAUGUAUGAUUCACUGUCUGUGGCGCAACAAAUGACGUUGAUAGAAAAGGAGAUUUUGGGUGAAAUAGAUUGGAAAGACUUGUUGGACUUGAAGAUGAGACACGAAGGCCCACAAGUCAUAAGCUGGUUACAACUACUGGUGAGAAAUGAGACUUUAUCCGGGAUUGAUUUGGCAAUUUCAAGGUUCAACCUGACUGUGGACUGGAUUAUUUCAGAGAUUCUUCUUACCAAAAGCUCCAAAAUGAAAAGAAAUGUCAUUCAGCGAUUUAUUCAUGUUGCGGACCAUUGUAAAAAAUUUCAAAACUUCAACACACUGAUGGAAAUAAUCUUGGCUUUAAGUUCAUCGGUUGUUCAAAGGUUUACCGACGCUUGGCGUUUGAUCGAGCCAGGCGAUCUUUUAACUUGGGAAGAACUAAAGAAGAUUCCGUCAUUAGACAGGAACUAUUCUGCGAUAAGAAAUCUGCUAAACUCAGUAAACCCACUGGUAGGCUGCGUCCCCUUCAUCGUCGUGUACCUUUCGGACUUGUCAGCAAACUCUGAAAAGAAGGACUGGAUCUUGGAAGAUAAAGUCGUGAACUACAACAAAUUUGACACCAACGUUCAAAUAGUAAAGAAUUUCAUUCAGAGAGUUCAAUGGUCGAAGUUUUACGCUUUCGAAGUUAACCACGAACUACUGAGUAAAUGCGUUUACAUUAGCACACUAUCACAAGAGGAAAUCAAGGAACUAUCCACAUGA